CCACAAACGCUGCAACUGCAUCCAUAUAUAGCUAGUUAUAUAAGCAGGUACUUGAAAAGUUAGAUCCUCAUAUUUGAAGUGUGGUCUGGAACCCAAACCAUAAGCACCCUUGCAAAAGGAAGCUAUAUCAUAAAGGCUAGCUAGCUACAUACAUAGAUGGAAGAAAAAGUUGCAAUAAAAAAAUUGCUGGAAUUUGCAGAAAGGCCAUCAUCUGAUAAUACAGAUCAUGCACCAAACAUGACCCAGGAACCCUCCUUUCAGAACAAUACUAUGGGAUCUACGUUUCUCAGUUUGAGCUUGAUCAAUAAUAGUUCAGAACAACUUCCCCACCAAAUUCAAGGAGAGCCUCUAAGCCAAAUGGGCAUGCUGCGAGUGAAGCUUGAGGAAGCAAAGAAGGAGAAUGAGAGUUUAAAAGCUAUGCUAGUUCAGGUUAAUGAACACCACACUGUUCUUCAAAAUCGUUUACUUUUGGCGAUGCAGCACCAUCAAUCUUCAAUGUUACCUCGGAAUAAUCAUGACUUGCUGAAGGGAAAUAGACAAGAUGAUGAGGAGAAAGCAGUGUUACCCACCCGGCAGUUCUUAAAUAUUGGUGAGGCUUCAUCUUCAGAUCAUGGCAGCAAAACAGAAGGAUUUGCUUCAGCAGAAAAAAUUGAGAAGAGCAGAAACAUUGCAUGUGAUGUUGAAGGUGAAACCAACAGCCAAAUAACAUCGCAAGAAACAAAAAGCAUAGACGAGCCUCAAACAUCUGAGAUUACUAGGAAAGCUAGAGUGUCCAUACGUGCAAGAUCAGAUUUUUCUUUGAUGGGUGAUGGUUGUCAAUGGAGAAAGUAUGGACAAAAGACAGCAAAGGGCAAUCCUUGUCCUCGAGCCUACUAUCGAUGCAGCAUGGGAACUGCUUGUCCAGUUCGUAAGCAGGUGCAAAGAUGUUUCAAGGAUGAGACUGUUCUCAUCACAACCUAUGAAGGGAACCACAACCAUCCACUCCCACCAGCAGCAAGACCAAUAGCAAGCUUAACAUCAUCAGCACUCAACAUGUUCCUUUCUCCAGGCUCAGCUACCACUUUACAACAUGGAAGCACCACUGUAUUCAACACACGACUCUUCUCUUCCUCUGUUUCCUCUGCUUUAGCUUCUUUCUCACCUUCUGCAACAUGCCCCACUGUAACACUGGACUUCACCCAACCCACUAAUAAUAAUAACUAUUUGCAAUUCCAAAGACCCUCUUCGCAAUCACUGUUCCCUUAUCCAUUGCAAGGUUAUAAUUUCCCUCAUCAAACACAUGAGAGGUUGAACUUGUGUUCUUCUAAGCUCCCAACCAUGAUAACUACCCCAUUUGACAAAAACCACCACCUUGCCUUGGUGGAUGUUGUGAGUGAGGCUAUAGCCAAAGAUCCUUCUCUCCAAGCAGCAUUGUUUGCAGCUGUUUCCUCACUGAAAAUCAAUAACCAAAACCCAACAAGUAAGAGUGAUUAUGACCCUGGUUCUAAACUGCCUACAAUACCACUGAUUUAGAGUUCAUAAUGUAUAUAUAUAGUUGUCAGAUUGAUAAAAGAGGUGAGCAUGAAUCACGCUAAAAGAGUUAUGGACUGGGCGGGACAUAAAGAAGAUUAUGUGAUUAUGUCCCGCCCAAAAUGAACAAUAAACCAAUGACGAUAGCCAAGGCGGGAAAGGUAACAUGACGAGCUUCAUUACCCUCCUUUAGGUGAUGGACCCACAAGCCAGCUGGAAGAUUCCUUUGGAUUUGUCUUAUAUGUACGGGGAUUUGGGCCCUAAUUGUCAGGCCCAAAUAUAGGAAAGAUCCAUAUCAUGACCACCCCCUCUAUAAAAGGGGAGGUCAUCCACUUGUACGAAACCAACUUUUUCAGCAUUAAGGAGAAUAUUCCUUUUAUGGUAA